UCCGCCUCUCCGCAGCCGCUUCGCCUGGCUUGGCGGCGCCAGGACCCCGCCGUCGCCGCCUUCAGCUCCUCGCCGCCCCCCUCCCGGGGGGCUCCGCCAUGGCAAUGACAGGCCCAACACCAUGCUCGUCCAUGAGUAAUCACACCAAGGAGCGAGUGACGAUGACAAAGGUGACAUUAGAAAACUUCUACAGCAAUCUCAUCGCACAGCAUGAAGAGCGAGAGAUGAGACAAAAGAAGCUAGAACAAAUGAUGGAAGAAGAAGGCUUAAAAGAUGAAGAGAAAAGAAUCAGGAGGUCAGCACAUGCACAAAAGGAAACGGAGUUUCUUCGCCUAAAGAGAACAAGGCUUGGUCUGGAAGACUUUGAGUCUUUGAAAGUAAUAGGCAGAGGAGCAUUUGGAGAGGUGCGACUUGUCCAGAAGAAAGAUACGGGGCAUGUUUAUGCAAUGAAAAUACUACGUAAAGCUGAUAUGCUUGAAAAAGAGCAGGUUGGCCAUAUUCGUGCAGAGCGGGACAUUCUAGUGGAGGCAGACAGUUUGUGGGUUGUGAAGAUGUUCUAUAGUUUUCAGGACAAGCUAAACCUCUACCUUAUCAUGGAGUUCCUGCCUGGAGGUGACAUGAUGACACUGUUGAUGAAAAAAGACACUCUAACAGAAGAAGAGACACAGUUCUAUAUAGCUGAGACCGUGCUAGCCAUUGAUUCUAUUCAUCAGCUGGGUUUUAUCCAUCGGGACAUAAAACCAGACAACCUUCUUCUGGAUAGCAAGGGCCAUGUGAAACUCUCAGAUUUUGGUCUAUGUACUGGACUAAAGAAAGCCCACAGAACAGAAUUCUAUAGAAACUUGAACCAUAGUCUUCCUAGUGACUUCACUUUCCAGAACAUGAAUUCCAAAAGGAAAGCAGAGACUUGGAAGAGAAAUAGACGGCAGUUGGCUUUUUCUACUGUGGGUACUCCGGACUACAUUGCCCCUGAAGUUUUCAUGCAGACGGGAUACAACAAGCUUUGUGACUGGUGGUCACUUGGGGUCAUCAUGUACGAGAUGUUGAUCGGUUAUCCACCAUUCUGUUCUGAGACUCCUCAAGAAACAUAUAAGAAAGUAAUGAAUUGGAAAGAGACUCUGACAUUUCCUCCAGAAGUUCCAAUAUCUGAUAAAGCAAAGGAUCUUAUUUUAAGAUUUUGCUGUGAAUGGGAGCACAGGAUUGGUGCAUCUGGCGUGGAGGAAAUAAAGAGUAACCCAUUCUUUGAAGGGGUUGAUUGGGAGCAUAUCAGAGAGAGACCUGCUGCAAUUUCAAUAGAAAUUAAAAGCAUUGAUGAUACCUCAAACUUUGAUGAAUUUCCAGAAUCUGAUAUCCUUAAACCAACAGUGGCAACAAGCAACCAUCCAGAGACUGACUACAAGAACAAAGACUGGGUUUUUAUCAAUUACACCUACAAGCGUUUUGAAGGUCUGACAGCCCGAGGAGCAAUACCAUCCUAUAUGAAAGCAGGAAAGUAAUAAAUCUUUACCUGGGACGACUUCUGAGCCGGAAUUCUACAGGAAUUCUGUUCCUGUACUUUGGGUUUAUACCCAUAAAAGAACUUUUUUUUAAAGAAAACUUGAGGGCUAUCAACUCUCGGAGAAGACUUCAGGACCCUGUUUUGUUACACACCCUGGUUGUUACUAAGGAUUUUAUUUUUUUGCGCCAUUGAAAAAUUCAACAAAAUGUUUGCAUCAUCUCUGCUGCAAGCACGGUUUGCUGCUUCAGGAGCAAGAGUUUGUUUUCUUUUUAAAUUCUUUGCCAGAUUGUACAGUCCAUCGGGAGAUGAGAGCAAGCUUUCACUUUGACAUUGCAAAGCAAGUGAUGUUUAUAUGGACUAUUUUGCCAGUCCUGCAUUAAGUGACAAACUCAAUCUGCCAAUUCUGCCAGCACUGUUUUCCCAGUGGCUAAGAACCUCAGUACAGAGGAAACAAAGCAAUAAUUAAAGCUUGAGAUAGACAACUCUCCAGUAAACUAUCUAGUAGAAGGACACAACUUGUAUUGCCUUAACUUUAGUUUGUAGUGCUGUUUUUUAUAAUGCUACUUGGAAGCCUCUUUAAUAGCAUUUCUCAACUCUGUCGCAGUGGCCUCCAGUUGCGGUGCACUUUACUUUUGGUACUAAGACAGUGACCCUCAAGCCAUUUAAUAUUUUUUCUAAAUUAAAAAAUUGUGCAACACUUUUUUUUUUCUUUUCUAGACAGUGAUAGCAGAAACGGGGCCGCUUCCUCCACCAAGCACCAACAGUUUUCAGUUACUGUAUGAAAGGAUGGAGCUAUAAGCAAUGCAGAUAGAUAAUAAAAACUAUAGCUGGUAACACAAGUGGAUCUGGAAUUAGGGCAGAGAGGGAGGGAAAUUCAUUUAACCUUAUCCUUGGUGGGCAUCCUGUGUACAGUCGGGUCAGUCCCGAGGCUUCCCGGUCCUGCUGCUGCCAUCUUUUGGCCACUUUUAAGAUCUGCUGCAUGUUCAUCGGUUUAAAGAAGAAACCCAUCUUCUGUGGCCUUUUUGCUCAUGGUUUUGAGCAGAACAGUAUCAGAUUCUUCUCAGUCUUGAUGACGGAGGCCUCCCUGGCUUUGCCUUACAGAGCUCCUCUUGCUGGUAUGGCUGAACCAUCUGUCCCUGUAGUCUUCCAAAAAGACAGUGCCUCAUGGGGUCACUUUUGGGGCAGUGGAACCCACCAUGUCCACUCUUUGAUUAUUGCCUAGUGUAAUUUGUAAAAGUACAUUCAGUUAUCAUCAAGGAUGCUCUCCAGGAGAGCCCCAAAGUGCCUUUCCUUGCCUAGGCAUCUCUCAGAACAUGACUGCAUUUUGGGAAGAAGCAUUCUGCCUCAGUUGAGCUUUUGUUAAUUCCUUUUUAUAAUCGUGAGCUCCACUUUGCAUCUGUUUUGUAGUUAACUCUGCACUUCCAGGGGCAGGUGGCAUUAACCUUUGGGCCUGCCUGGUUCCAGUCUUUAAUUUGCAAUUAGAUUUUUUUAAAAUACAAAUUUAAUGAGGUUUCUAAAAGUAUGUAUCAAUUUGAACUGUCUUGGAUUUUUGCAAACUUUUAUUGGUGCUGAACACUAACUACAUAGCACGGAUGAAAAAAAAAAGCUGUUUAGAAACAAAGCUAGAGCAGUGUUUCAAAGUAAAAGGAAGGCUUUCAGUUAUAUUUAGUCCUAACUUUCUAGAUUAAGAAAUGAAAGAAAAUGGGUUUGUAGUGAAACUUCUUUUUUUUUUUUUUUUAAUAGGUGCUUUUAGGGAAUUUUUACCUAGAUGUCUUUUCAAUCGAGUGCCAUCAUGAAGGACUGAUUGGGGGAUUGAAAGUACCGUAUAUAGCUAAAACUGGGUGAUAACUCGUUAGCGUCCUCUCCCUAACCGCCCCUUGUGCUUUUUGUAUGUGUCCUAGGAGUUUAAUGACUUGCCAUGAGCAGUUUAGAUACCAGUUGGAUCCUACAAAGCUGAAAUGCAAAAAUAGCCUUAAUUAGAACUACCAGGAUCACUGUAGUCAGUAGGGCUUACUCAGAUGAAUAAGGGCUAACUGAAGUAAUGAUUUAUAGGAUUAGGCUUUUUAUCAACUAGUCAGUAAUAUCACCUCCUGCUCCCUUUUUACUUUUUAUGAAGGACUGAUACCAACUUCUCAAAUUGCUCCAUCUCCUUAUCCUGCAGUUUCUUCUAGCCAUUUGAAAAUGUUGCCUUAUAAACCAUUGGAAAGCUAAGAGGUAUUAACAUAAAAACAUUUUUUUAAAAAUUCUUAACAGCUUAGUUACUGCCUUAAAAAAAAAAAAAUCAAAAUCCUUUAAAGCUGCUGUGGAUUAGGAAUAAAUGAUUUUGGGAUAGUAGCUGCGUUAUUAGCCCUUUACUGAAAGGGACUGGCAUUUUUAUUUAUAAAUACCAAAGAUGAAGCUAAACAAUUUUAAGUUGUGAUAACUUGCUGUGAAAAAACCCCUAUAUAGUAAUAUGUAUUCUGCAUUUUUAGUGCGUGUGUUUUAAAGUCUUCUGAAACCUCAGAUUUUUCACUUGUUGAGUUAAAGGUGAAGUUUUUCAAAGGCACAAGGAGCAGUUGGGUACCUCACUCCUGUUGUCUUUCAGUAGAAGUUGGAUGUCUUUGAAUAUAGUCCUCUUGGACACACCUUUCCAGCAGUGGGUUUUGUAUCACAGUUGCAUUGUAAGCCUGCUUCCUAUUACAGCUGUGCACCAACACUAGGAAAAAAAGUACAGCGUCUUCUUUCCAGGAUCCGUACUUCACUGCUAACAGAUUAAGAUUUUUGUAUGCCUGUUCCAUCUCCCAUGCUGGCUUGUGUAUUGAGGUUGUACGUAUCUUUUAGCUCUUUUUUUUUCAGCUGCGAACAGUUGCUGGACUUCUAGGAGUAAUUCCAAUCUGAAUUUCCAAUGGAUCUGAACACAAGUUAUGCUGCCAGUUCAUCUCUGUAUCAUGCCUAGCACAAAACUGCACUAAGUGUUUCUUAUCACUGUGCCCUGACUCUGCCUUAACCUGUAAGUUGAAAAAGUGUUCUGUAAAUAUUUAAAAGCUGUUACUAAAUUGCACUGUAAAAUUUGGCAGGUGUAUUGUGUGUUGCUGGGGGAGCCAACUUUUUAUGGAAAGAUCUUUGCAUUGUGUUGUGUAAAUAAAAUCCUCUUA